AUGAAUGGCAACGAGGCUCUACCAGAAGCCAACCCGACACUGGCGUCCGGCGGCGUGUCCAAUGGCGACAGCGUUGCUUCCAAGAAGCGCAAGAAGGACGGACUAGCACCGAUUAUAACGCACAGCCCUGAGCCAGUAGACAAGACCGGAACUCAACAGCUCGCCUCCGCCGUCACCGGUUCGCCCUCGUCCUCUUCCGCCGAUGAGCCCGCCGAGAAUACCGCCGAUGAAGAAGAUUCCGAAGACUAUUGCAAGGGCGGCUACCAUCCCGUCCAGGUCGGCGAGAAUUUCAAGGAUGGCAAGUACACCGUUGUCCGUAAGCUCGGAUGGGGUCACUUUUCCACCGUCUGGCUCUCCCGCGACAACAAUUCCGGCAAGCAUGUUGCCCUCAAGGUCGUUCGCUCCGCCGCCCACUACACCGAGACCGCCAUCGACGAGAUUAAACUUCUCAACCGCAUCGUCCAGGCCCAACCUGACCAUCCCGGCCGCAAGCAUGUCGUCAGCCUGCUCGACUCCUUUGAGCACAAAGGCCCCAACGGUACCCACGUAUGCAUGGUCUUUGAGGUCCUCGGAGAGAAUCUCUUGGGUUUGAUUAAGCGCUGGAAUCACCGCGGCAUCCCCAUGCCCCUCGUCAAGCAAAUCACAAAGCAAGUUUUGCUCGGCCUCGACUAUCUCCACCGCCAAUGUGGCAUCAUCCACACCGAUCUCAAGCCCGAAAAUGUCUUGAUUGAAAUCGGCGAUGUUGAGCAAAUUGUAAAAAGGGUUGUCAAGACCGACACUGGCGACAAGGAAAAUAAUCGAAAUGGUCGCCGCCGCCGAAGGACUCUCAUCACUGGUAGCCAGCCUCUGCCCUCGCCUCUCAACUCAUCAUUCAAUCACUCAAAUCUCUUUCCAUCCGUCACCUCGCAGGCCAGCUUGGGCGAGAUGCUAGAUGACUCCAAGAGCAAAGACCCUUCCCCCAAGGGCGACAAAUCGCAAAGCGACAAGACUGCUGAUAUGCUUACUCGCGAAGUCUCGAGUAUUUCCCUCGACAAGUCUCCCACGGCUGCCACUGGCGAGAAGCGCAAGGCUGAGGACGCACAUGCCGCAGACAUUAUUAGCGUCAAGAUUGCAGACCUCGGCAACGCUUGCUGGGUUAAUCAUCACUUCACAGACGACAUCCAGACCCGACAGUAUAGGUCCCCCGAGGUCAUCCUCGGCGGCAAAUGGGGAGCUAGUACCGACGUCUGGAGUAUGGCGGCUAUGAUCUUUGAGCUCAUCACUGGCGACUACCUGUUUGAUCCCCAGUCCGGCACCAAAUAUGGUAAAGACGACGAUCACGUUGCGCAAAUUAUCGAGCUGCUCGGCCCCUUUCCUCGAACAUGCCUCACCGGAAAGUGGUCACAAGAAAUCUUUAACCGUCGCGGCGAGCUGCGCAAUAUCCAUCGCCUGCGCCACUGGGCUCUCCCCGACGUGCUGCGCGAAAAAUACCAUUUCAAAGAGGAUGAGGCCAAACGCAUCUCGGCGUUCUUGACACCCAUGCUUGAGCUGAUUCCGGAUAAGCGUGCCAACGCAGGCGGAAUGGCUGCCCAUGGCUGGCUGGAGGAUACACCUGGCAUGAAAGGCAUCAAAGUCGAUGGGCUGAAAGUUGGUAGCAGAGGCGAAGAUAUAGAGGGCUGGUCUACGCAGUCGAGGAAACGAGCAGCAUGA